AAUUUUUAAACGCGAUUUUUAUUUUUAAAAUCAAACUCGAGCGUAUUAUCCGCGUCCUUUCUUUGUUUUCUUUUAUCUUUUUUUAAUUUGAAGCAUGUAAGCUUGCAGCCAAAUAUUGUACGUCCCAAAUUGUGGCGGUACACGCAAUAUUUUAAGUGCGUGAGUGUUGCUAUGUGGUUGGUUUCUGUGUGUAUGUGUGUGUGCGUGAAGUGAGGACAGGCGACGUAUUAUUGGGGUAAUCGAAUUAGACGUAAUUUAAUUACUUUCGCGGCGACUGUGGUACGUCUCUCGAACAAAUAGGUUAAUAUUUUGAGGAGGUUAUUAUCUUUGGCUUCCAUGCUCUUUGUAAUUUGGUGCGUGAGGAAAUUUAAUUUUGGUUAUUGUCUCCCCGGGUUGUUAUUUUUAAAGGACUCCGUACACAGUUUCCUGAAUUAGCAGAAGGGGUCUGCUCUGCUUCAGUUUAAGACAAGGAGUGAAUUAGAUUCUGCGCGCAAUGGACCCCAGUAUUCUGGCAGCCAUGGACAAAGAGGCACUGAAAAAGCAGAUUGAAAACAUGAAGUAUCAAGCGUCUAUGGAACGCUGGCCACUAUCUAAAAGCAUCGCCGCGAUGAGGGAAUAUGUGGAGGAGAACGAAAAGAACGACCCUCUCAUACACGCCCCAGACAAGAAAAAUAACCCAUGGGCCGAGAAAGGCAAAUGCGUAAUCAUGUAAUCUAUUAACCAUAAGUAAAAAAAAAGUAAAAAAUAUCACCAAAUUCUAAAAUUAUGGGACGCGCGGUCUGGUUCCCGCCAUCAUCGACAGGAUUGCUCAAGGAGUAAGGUUCGUCUCGAAGGAGUUUUGAAACAACUGCCAGACAAUAUGAGAUAAAUAGUGUAGCCUCGGUUCAAAUCGUAGCAAAACCAAAACAUCGCUUCAUUUCCCUAAGUUACGUUAGUUUUCGUUCCAAAAAAACGUCUAGUCCUCUAUGAAGUUUGUACAUUUUGACUGUGCGCGACGCAAGGAUGUACUUAUGAAUGUUUUUGUUGAAAAGAUUUUUAAAAAGGGUUGUAAAUACGUUAAAUUUUGUAUUUCUAGAAUAGAAUGUUCGGUCAUGAGUCUAUCUGUAGGGUAACUGGCAAGUAAAUAGAACGCGGUAAAGGGUUUAAAGGAAAAAAUAAAUAAAAUGGACGACGUAUGUUAACAACCACUAUUUAAGUUUAUUUUAGUUUAAAAAGUGCAACUUGAGAAUAGCUUGACAUGUUAAUUAAAAAAAAAUGUAUUGAGAACCCAAGUGGGUCCAUACAAAAGCAAAGCAACUUCCUCUUCCAAUAUUUUGUAUGGAUACACUUUGGAUUCUUCUACAAGCCAAUGAAGUCCAAACUUUAUUCGCUUCUAAAGUUAUUUAAAAUAGAGUUGUAAAAACUUUGCCAUCGCCUAGAAAAUAAAUUGCGAGAAUUAAAUGUAAAGAUUCAUUGAGCUCGCGAAUCUUUACAUUUAAAAGUCUUAAUAAUAAUGUUAAAUAUAAAACUAUAGGGUAAUCGCAGAUCACAACUUAACAUAUAUUUGCUGAAUCACGGAAUUUAGAGAAAUUAUGGUAAAUUAUUGGCAAUAAAGGGAGAGUAGAUAUUCGAAUUAAAGAUGGCGUUAAAUGUAGUUGGACUGUAAAGCUAGGUUUAAAAUUAUUGCGACAUAAUCUCAUUCGAAACCAAAAUAAUGUUAAGCUGAGGAUUAGGAUACUUUUUUAUAAACAUGGGGUACAUUCCGCAGUGCCAUUAUAAUAGUUAAAAGCUUUUUAUAAAUAUCUCUUAGCGUCUAUCUUCUAUACUCCAAUCUCUUCUACUGGUGCGGGGUGUAUUUUUAUUAAAAACUUUUACAAAAUAAUUCAAAAAAAAAGAAAAAACAAAUCAUCAACGAAUCAAUUCUGUUUUGAAUAAAAUUUCCUAUCUCUUGUUAAAACAUGUAUAAAAUUAAUGACAACAGUAUUAUUAAUAAAAAAAUUUUUUAAUAAAAAUACGUCCCGCAAAUUCUAUCAUUUACCUACACAGCACACGGAUCCAUUUAUUUAUUUAAACCAAACAAAAUCAUUCCAUUCUUUGCAAAAUUUUCUUCGCCAUAAAGACAUUUAGAUAAUAAAAAAAAUCGACUAUCAACUACAAUUUUAAAUCUAGCACUUGAUUAGCUUAGUAUAAUUCAAAAUUAAAUUGAAAAAUUCUACCUAAGUCGUUCGAGUUUACUUAUUAAAGCAAACUAUAGUAGUUUCCAAAAUAAACUUCUUCUAAAUUUAUAUCUAAGGUUUCUGGGCUUGAAACUUCAAAGCUUUUCGUAAUUUAUAUAUACUGAAAUAUAUUCGUAAUUACCACCGCUUCAGUGGUAAAUGUAAUAACUAAAUAAUAUACGCGAUAUAUAUAAAUUACGAAUUGGUUUAGUACUCUUACUCUUGUAGCUCUAUAAAUCUAACGAUCCCUCUAAAAGGAUUGCGUUUAAUCCUAAUUUUCAUAAAAAUAGAAAAAAUGUUUAAACUUACGCACUGUAGAUACCUAAUUAUAGAUUAAAAAAAUAAAACUAACCUUAAAAUUUAAAAACUAAAAUAUAAAUUACCUUCCCAGUUUACCAUAUCUAGACAUGAAAAUGAUGAAUCAUACUGGCUGUGAGUAUUUCUGGUUAUUUUAGUCGCUUUCACGGGUCACUCACUCAUUAGUAAAAAAAAAGUACUAAAUAAAUGCUACUACCGACAAUAAAUUCCAUACUUUUUAAAUUCAAAAUACAUUUACAUUAAAGUAUUUUAUAGCAUCCGCUUUGCACAUAAACGCAAGUAUUCGAACGUUAUCUUCUCAUUCAAUCCGGAUCGACUAAUAAUACGUCUCUAUUAUCACGUCACAUAAAAUUUGACAUUU